CUUGAGAUAACCCCAUGGGGGGCUGCUCUGGAGGCUGGAAGCCCCAUCCUCACUGGAACUCAGUGCAGGGUAGCAGAGAGAGGGAUCGGCUCUGUCCUACCAUGUCCAUCUUCAUCACCUUUGAAGGAUCCUGUGAGCCCUUUCACAUAUCUCACGACGGGACUGUCAGUACCGUAAAGCAGAUGGUCAAGGACUACUUCUGCAUGCCACAUUUGGACAGUCAGCAGUCCCGAUACUUCCUGGAGCUGAGUUACAGUGGCGCCAUCCUCCAGAACAGCUGGUCUCUGGCUGAUGUGGGGAUCUCCUCAGGCAGCACGCUACGCUGUGAGCUUAAGGAAGAGAACAAGGCCAUUGUGCACGUGUUUAAUUCCGUGACGAAGGAGACGCUGUCUCUCAUGGGAACAGUGAUUUACCUGAGCUCCCCCGUGUCCAAACUGAGGUCUCUGGUGUCUCUGCGGUGUGGUCUGCCAGUCAGUGCCUUCAGACUGACCACCCAAAGUGGCACUAAGCUGUACGACUGUAACAAGCUGGAAGAUUAUGUCACGGAAGUGGGGUCCACUCUACGUUUAGAGACUUGGGACGGCUGGGGAGAGUUUCUCAGAGCCUGCUUUCGAGGACACAAACAGACAGUGCAGCAGUACCUUUCAGUGGCGAGAUCAGUUUUCAGAUUUCAACAGCGGGUGGCUCUAUACAUUGCUGCCUUUCAAGGCCAUCUGGAGUUGGCCAGCUGGCUGAUCGAGAGAGGGGAACAGGCAGAUGAAGCAGUGGGGGUUCACCCCUACAGAGAGUGGUGUCAUGAAACUGACCACCGGGAAAUCACCAAGAGCCCAAUGCAUGUUGCUGCAGAGACUGGCCAGCUUCUCAUACUGAAGUUUUUUGUCAGGAGCAGUGUCCUAACGCUGAGCUGUCGGGAUGCUCUCGGUCGAGAUCCUGUACAGAUAGCCCUAAAAUAUAGAAAUAGGGAGUGUGUAGCUCAUCUGGUUACCAAGUUGUGGUCACUAGUAUCUUUUCCUGCCUUUGUUAUUUCUAUGAAGGUUUACAUUCAAAUUAAAGGUUGGAUACGGAGGGUCCAAAGAAAGGUUAUUCGUUUCAACGUAGGUCAUGGAUGCCCAUAUAGAACCAGGGUGGGGGACACAGUUCUCGUGGAUGGUUUUACCCUCCCAAAGAUGUCCUUUAAUGUCAGCAGGGGCAACUCCACAAGGUCAUGGGACCCAGCAACAUCCUGCGUGCUUCCAGCUCUCACAACAGACAACUUCCCUUCCUGUCCACCUCAUCCUCCCACCAGCUCGACAUCCCAGAAUGCAUCGGUGCAGCUGCCACAGCUGCAUCCUCCUUCCGUGAAGAACAGAGGAGAGAAGAAGCGCGUCAGGAAGAAAGGAGCCACAAGAAAAGGGUCGAAGGAAAUCCCGGUCACCACAAAUAGCAAUCAGAGCGGGGACACAUGGAAGAGCAGAGUGCCACUGCCCCCUGUUUCCAGAGACUCCAACCCCCGGCCGCUGUUCGUUUACAUUUCCCCUGACUCGUCUCAAAUCCUGUCGGCACCACUGGAGUCCUUUUCUCAACACUGUGGGCGCACUCCAAGGGAAAAUGCUAUUUAUUGUUUAGCCCUUGCCAGUGCCUUUACAGAGAAGCCCUGGCUUCAGCAGUUGAGUGUGGCUCGUAGCCUUGCAAGGAGAAGCGUACAGAAAGCUGUGUAACAUCAACGACAGACAUGCAGAGUGCUCCACAUUCUAAAUGCUCCUGAUGACACGAUGGACCAUGAUGAUUCAUCAAGUUUGAAGCUAAUGCCAUGCCAUGCCAUAGUACAAGAUAUACAGGUGUAUUGAGAACACAUCUAUUUGCCUUUUUCCUCCAAUUUGACAGUGUUAUGUGCUCUGUUCAGGAACAACCUAUUUUUGGUUGUCCUAAGAAAUAAUGUGUCAGUAUUGCAACUAAUUAAACCAAUAAAAAAGUGCCAAAGACAUGCUCUGAUUAAGAUAAUAAUUUACACUGAAUGUAGGCCUCUGUAA